UGUCGUCUGUAUUUUACAGUCUCUACCAUCAUUAUCUUCGAAAGCCUAUCGUGGACUGUUUUUUUGCUUUAUGGCAGAUAAAAAAAGAUAUGGAAAAGAUAAAAAACGAGAGCAAAAUUACAGAGCUACAGGAUAUUCGUAUCGCAGUAAAAGAUGCUGCCCAGACUUUGAUUGGUCUGAAUACAAGCGUAAACGAGAAGUUUAAUCUUUUUCAACAAAAAAUCAUGCAACUGGAUCUAAAGGUGACAAACAGUAGUAGCAGCACGAGCAUCAUAGGACCACCUGGAUUCAAUGGUACUAAUGGUGACACUGGACCUACUGGACCAGCCGGACCUCCAGGAUAUAAUGGUACUCAGGGCCCUGCAGGACCAUCUGGAACACCCGGUGUUCCGGGCCAUCGUGGACCAUCUGGGUACAAUGGUACCCAGGGCCCACCUGGACCAGGGGCCAGCUCCUGUGUUUUUAAUACUUCAUCCAGCCCUGGUGGACCAACAGGCACGUACGCCAGUCAAGAAAUCUCAAUAACAGAACCAAACGAUAAGACGUUUAUUGGUGUAAACUGUGAUUCAAAUGACGCAAAAUUUGUUCAGUUAUCAAGCUCCAGCUCAGGUGGCAAGAGAACCUACAAGUGCAAAUGCGGCAAUGGCCUAUCAAGUGGAGAUCCAAAGAUGUUUUGCUACAUCCACUUUUGGGAGUGUCAGUCCUGAGUGGGAAAAUAUAAAGCCAUAAGUGUAACGGGUCUUGGUGAAGAAGUUGAUCUAGUGUUGAACCAGGAACGAGACGAUGAACGAUUUAACCGUCUAACAUAAGAUUCCUUUUUCAAAAAUGCCCAGUGAUGAAUUAAUUCAUAUUUCUAAUAAAUAUUUGUCAAAGAAGAAUCAGAGCUGUAUUUAUGUAUACAAUACUGGGAACCUAAAACUAUUCGCUUGACAUGAUUCUGUGUUUCAAAGAUAAAAGGCCGUCAAACCGGUUGCCAGAGAAAGAGAACCAGCGGGUUCAGCUGUCCAAUAAAAGUUAUACUCUUCUUCUCUUUGACGGAUUUAUUAUAAACUUUGUUCUCGAUACAUAACUAUUUUUAAAUUUUCACAUUUGUAAAUUAGGUAUGAUUUAAUCACAUUUGUAGUAGAUAUUGAUUGCUAAUUUUAGACUCAGUCCAUCACCAAUUAGUACGACGACAGAGUUGUAUCUUUUAGAGCGUUGUGCUACGUUUCAGAGCGUUAUGUCUUCAUCUUUUAGGAAGCAUUUCAAUUACGGAUGGCGUGAGCUUUCUUGUCACCCACUUAAAUUCGCCAUAUGUACCCACAUUGUGUUUACUUCGGUGUCGAAGUAACAAGUCCGAAGUAUCUAUAGUUGACUAAGCUAAGAUUUUCUUGUCAUUCAUACUCAUUCAAAGAUGUACAUGAUUUAUGAGCGAACAUUUAUGAGUGAAAAUUUCAACGAGAAACAUGCUAUAUCACCUGAGCUAUCUAAUGUUAAACGAGAGAAACUUAAACGCAAAUCUCAUCGUGUGUGUAGACGUGAUCAUGAAGCAGGCAGAAUAAACGUGAGCAUAAAGGUUA